AGUCGCCACCGCUUCACCUCUGAGGACCUUUGGCCUUGUGGCUGGAGAGACUCAGGCUGUGUCUCUUUGAGAUCAGACCAUUCCCAGUGCCAUGAACGGAGACAGCUUCUUGGCAAAGAUUCUUAGGAAGGAUACCCAUAAAUCAGAGAAGAAAUGCAAGGCCUUCAAGGAUAUUGCCAAAUACAUCUCUAAGGAAGAGUGGGCAAAGCUGGGAUAUUCAGAGAAAAUCACCUAUGUGUAUAUGAAGAGAAACUAUGACACUAUGACUCGUCUAGGUCUCAGGGCCAAACUCCCAGCUUUCAUGUGUCCUAAAAAACGGACCACAAAAUCCCGUGGGCAUAAUUCUGAUGAAGGUCGGAACCCCAGGAAUCAGGACGAACCUCCUCAGAAGGCUUCCAAUGUGCAACAGAGAAAACACCGGAAGGUGAUGCGCAAGAAGCCAGCAAAGGAAAAUAAUGAUUCGAAGCCAGUGCCAGUAACGCCUGGCUCAGAGCAGGCUCACGAACAGCUGUGCCCCCUGGGACAAGGGAGUACCUCUGGUCAACAGAGUGAGAAGACACCAGGACCCAGGAAAGGGAAGACUAAUGUCUGGGCCCACAGGUUGCGAGAAAGACCCCAGUAGCAUAUGAAGAGAUCAGUGAUCCCGAGGAAGAUGACUGACUCUCCUCCGGGAUGUGACAAGUGCCUGUGGUAAGAAGCAAAACCUGGUGGCCUUUCAUGAACACCGGCAUGGCUGUGAACUCCUUGCCACCAGGUGUACAGCAAAUGAAAGAAAGUAUUCACCACAGUGAAAAGUUAAGCAUGAUUUUCCUUACCAUGUGCCAAACAUUCUGUUAGAUAUUAGGUGUUGUUGAUGAGCAAGACAUAUACCUAAUGCAUAUUUCUGUCUUUGUAUCCAUGCACCUACCUUAGAAAACAAGUAUUGUUAAGUAUUCUCUGCAUAGAACAGCACUACCCUCCCCUUCCCCAGGGAGGGGACUACUGAGGGCAGUUCUGGGCGUUUGAUUCCAGAUGUUUUUCUCUGCAUUUACACACACACACACACACACACACGGUACCACGAUGAGCAUCUCCUCCCUGCUUUUCCCCACUACCAGCGUGUCCUGGACAAGUCCGUCUCAUUCUGUUUCCUGUUCAGUGGAUGCUCUAUGCUGCAAACCCCCAUUAUUCAUUCACCCUGCCUUAGUCACUGACAAUAAACCUUUACAAAGU